CACAUUGACAUUCAUCAGGCCCGGAUAUGUCGCGGUGAUCCGAGAUUUUCUGUCCCCCGCACAACCUGGGAACAUCGCCGAGAGCCAUGGUCAGAUCCUCAAAGCUACGUCUCUCUCCCUCUGCAAAAAGCGAGCGUCAACUCGCGCCCCCGCUGCAUUGAUGAGAAUCCAGUUUAGGCGCGGGAGGGUCGACAUCCCUGUUUACCGGCUCGAGUAAUGCGCAGAUAUGUACUGUGCAAUACAUACCUACAUACCUACACAUACCUACAUACCUACAUACAUACAUACGGCUUCCGAUCUGCAGUCAGCCAGCAGUCAAUCGACACCAGUACGUGUUUACCUCCUCUUGGUUUCAUUUGGAUUACUGGAUAGUGUCUGGCUUGUAAGCCCAUCCCAGAUAACCCACUCGGUUCCUGCCUGCCAAUCUGGGCACCGACUCGCAGUGCUUCUGUGGCCCUCAUUUAUCCCGAAGUUCUUAUCCAGACACACCUCUACCUCUUCACGGACACCUGUCACACAUCAUGGGCCACAUGGAUCUUCAACGCACUGUUGGUCACGAGUAAGCUUUGGCAAACUGAGUUCUAGCCCCCAAGGCGUGGCCCCCUGUGAGCAGGAUUUGGGCGUAUGUUCAGGAGCCUACCCUCUUCAGGCUAUACAAUUCAUCGAGCGGUGUAAAGACACGGCAAGUAUCUUGUUUCUAUAAUUUAUCGUUCACUUUCGUCUCUUCCCGCUUCCCGCUUCCCAUUAUUUGGGUCAUGGUAAAUGCCAACGACAAACACCCCAUCGUGCCGCGGAUUUUAUCAAGGUAUCCAUGUCCCCAUUGCUUUGAGGGUAGCUGCCUUGUGUUACUCCUCGCUCAGCGCCACAACGUGGGAUGUCGGGUGUGGGAAGGCCUUAUGGAAGCGUUCUGGGGGGUUCAACGAACAAAGUGUCACGGGCUUUAGUGAUCCCCGCCCAGCUGGCUUAUUGCCCUCUUGUCACUCUCGCCCUUGAGCAGAACGGCAACCCUGUCUUGAUAAGAGGACCCCUCCUCAUGGAGCCCACGCCCACUUUGCCACUCUGCUCUUUUGUUUCUCACUAGCAGGACACUGCAGAGGUGCCUUGGCCAAAGAGGAAGUCGUCUUCGGGACUUGGCUGCUCUGAAUGGGGCCGGAUUCGGUACCAGGAUGGCGAUUCUCUGGUUCUUGAGGCCGGUGGAGAAGCAUCUUGUCCAAUGGCAAUCCCAUUUCGCGGUGCAACCGCUGACUGACCGGCCACACGAGCCUACUGACCAGCUCAGGCUCAUCCGACCACGACAGCUAUAAGAUCAGACAGCAAUAGCAGACAGUAAAAUGGUCUGGUGCCCUCAACGUUGGUGCCACACAGUGUGUGUCGACCUCCCGUUUUCAUAGGCGGAGAGAGCAGGCAUCCUGGUCUGUGGGAUCACGCGCUGUGAGCAGCACCUCCUUUGUGGACAGGAGAAGCUUCAAGAUGGUGGGCCUGGGUAUGGAUGGGUGCUUAGAACGCGGGGAAAAUCAUACCGCUUGCCCCGAAGAUGAGGCCUCUGUGGUGACCAUGCGGUAGAGGACCCAAGCAAGUGAUGAGCGAGCCAAAAUGCUCGAUCCGGGCUGGGAAGCAACGGUCGUGAGGAGGGCAGACCGACAAGCGCGGGAGGCUUCCACCCAACAGAUCUCAGACUCUGGGUCGACCCGCAGGUCUUGGUUGGUUUUGACCCAGACACUUCUCGCUCAUGACUGCCGCAUGGAGAACAAGAUGGAUUCAUUGAAACAGCUCCAGUGGUUAUGCUCGGUGACUGGUGAAGCAAUGAUGGUUGGGGUGGGUGUUUACGGUUGUGAAAAUCCUUCGCCUGCGUCUGGCCCAAGUCAUGACCUCUUUUGAGUCGUGGCAAACGGGGCGGGUGCUCCCUGGGGCACAUGUCUCCCAGACUCGACAAAGUUUGGCUCACCUCCUAUCUGGCGAUAUUGCACCAUAUCAGCCGCCCUUAUCAGUUCAACGUUUGGUUCUGCCAGCUGCAAGGAACGGGGCUCACCUAACCCUCUCUAUUUAUAUAGCUUUUAAGGCCACGCUUUUGCCAUUAUUAUCAUCGUUUGUUAGCCGAGAAUAUCUAGAAUUUUGGGACUGUCUAUAAUUCCUACAUUCUCAGCUAUCGCACCGUUGCUUGUUUAGUGGUGGACUUCCCUGGACGAAUGGAGCCUCUCUCACAUAACCAACCAACUUACCAUAAUCGGCAAAUUCCUCGCUUUUUUCUAAACAUGACGUUCCUCCGAAAAAAAAAACCGUUGAGCUAUCCACCGAGUCCGUGCGUUACUACUGAUCUUCGAAUUUGUAGCAACUACAUCUGAUCUGCAUUAACGCAAUGCUGCGCGCCCAGGCUGAACGCACAGAUGCUUACACCCCACGGACGACGACGAUAACCGAACUCUCUGGGUCUGACGGGAAAGAACUUCCAGAAGCUUGAUGAUCUUCAUCACCUGGGGGGGAAGGGGGGGGAUCAUGAUGAACGGCAUGAAAGAGCGCCGAAGAGAUGGUGCGGUGGUCGGCGGUCACGACAUACAAGUUGGGUGAGGGAGAAGAUGGGGGGUUGAGGUCGUGCCACCCCCUGGCCGAACGAUUUACAAUCAUUGACUAGACUUUACCUUGAUGAAGAUCACACAGGUUUGGGUUGAUGGUGACAAUUCACUUAUAUUUCUUUCCUACAUACUUACACCGAGGGCUUGCGGGGAUUUUUUAGUGAAAGUGUACCACGUCGCCUAGCUAGCGAGCUGGGAUUAUCAUACGGGUAGUGCUGCUCCGUUAGAAAUCGACAAACUACACACGUACUCGGAAGAUCUCCCUUUUCAGCCUCAUAAGACGAGGUGAUUUCCUGAAUUAGGACAUCGCGCACAGAGAUAUGCUGUGAGGCAGGUCCACUUUGGGACUCCACGAUCGACGCCUGGAAACUGGAGACUACCUACUUUCUUGAUUGUUGGACAGUUCACUCGGGAACGAGUUAUGAGUGAGCACUCGGAAUGCUACUCUCUUCUCUUGCCGAUGAAGACGGACAACUAGAUACCCUUCGGCUCGACGGAGCUUCGCACGAUAGAUCACGGCCUUUUUGUCACGAACCGAAACAGGAGGAUGGGCAUAACGCAAACGAAUCGGCCCACCUCAGAGUCGAGUCUGGAAGAUGGCAUACCGAGCCCGAGGCCGAACCUGAGGCAGGUCAACUUUGGCGAUACCACAGUCUACUCUGUUUAGAUGAGUAACCUGAUAGCCAUCCUGCUAUCUGUGUUCCGCGUUCCCUUCAACCGGAUCUUCCCUUCACGGCACCACGGUCAGACUUCUCGAAACAAGAGUUCUGUCAUCACCACCCACUUCUUGUUGAGUUCCGGCCAAGUCCAUCAUCGAUCGAAACACUACCACCCACUCAACCACCCAACAACACCCAGCUUCUGGUAGAAUAACACACGCACGAAACCACGACCACGAACAACCAGAAACAAAACCACAGACCCCCCACCCAAGCCCUGUCCUCAACGUCGUUCUCUUGCGGCCACCGGUGGCUAUGAUCUCUCUCCUCAUACCGCUCCACCUCAGCUAUGACGAUGUCAAAUCCGUCACCUACCUACUUCAUCCAUAACCGACCUCGUCAUGAAACCCGAGAAUACCGAGGUAGGGGAAACCAUUUCGAGACCGCCACUAUCCGAAAGGGUUGGACACAGACACUCGGGUACAAGGCUAAAGACAGAUUGGGUAACUAACUCGAUGCUAUUUGAGGAGAAUAUGACGGGGAAAACAAGAAACAAAACAGGCGUCAUCGACGGUAACAACAACGACACGGCCAGACUGAUCUCUUGCUAGGGUGAGGGGGGUGGUGGUGACGCGAUGAGAUAUACGGAUCGGGUGGGCGUGUGUCCAUGCGGAAGAGGGAUGGUAGGGGAGGGGUUCUUCAAAGGGGUUGACGUGGGCUUUCUUUUGACUUGGACAGUGGCCGCCUGGUCUCACAGAAAAC